GACACGAGGCUAACAUCAGGUUAUUGGAAUAUCAUACUUCCAUACGAUAAUUGAGUUUGUGCGAAUACAGUAACUGAAACAUCGGUUACUCCUUCAUGGACUCCACAUCACCGAUCUCUUUGUGCGAUUGAAGUUCGUGAGAUUCCAGUGUGAUGGCAACUCCGGGUGAGGUGGACAUUGGACAGCUGUCGCAGUCGCAACAAGAAGCGCUCCAACAAUAUACUUCCGUCACGGACCAAGACGUGCAAGCAGCAAUCCCAGUACUUCAGCGGGCGCAAUGGAACGUGCAGCUAGCAGUUUCGAGAUUCUUUGACGGCGAUUCCGGACAAGUCGACCCUCUUGCCGACGCCAUCGCAGCAGCUCAAAAUGCGCCUCCGAUUCGAUCUAGCCGCCAUGAGAACCUACAAGAAAGCCUUCUACGGGGCCCUUCAGCUUCGACGCGCCCAGAUGCAGCUCCUAGAAUCGUGCCCCAGCCAGAAGACCAGAUCGUCCGCCGUCCCCCGUUACUACUAGGCCUUCUGUUCAUGCCAUUCAAUGUCAUUUAUAAGAUACUGUCAUCCUCCUUUAGCUUUUUUGCCUACCUCUUCCCGUUUCUCCCGCGACUCUUUCAACCUCGAAAUAGGACAGCCCAGAACAGACGGAAGAAUACGACGGGACGAAGGAUGUUGAGUCCACAAGAUACAGCAGCGAGGUUCAAACGGGAAUUUGAUGAAGAAUACGGAUCUAAUUCGCUUCCAUUUUUUACAAACGGAUAUGCCCAGGCACUUGAUCUGGCGAAGAAGGACCUGAAGUUUUUAAUGAUUAUAAUCAUGUCUCCGGAGCACGAUGACACCUCUUCAUUUAUCAGGGAUACCCUUCUUUCGCCCGAAGUCACUGCCAUAGUCAACGACCCUUCCAACAAUAUCAUCCUUUGGGCUGGCAACGUGCAAGAUUCUGAAGCCUACCAGGUGUCAACUGCACUGCGCUGCACGAAGUUCCCUUUCACGGCCUUGAUUACGCAUACCGCCGAGAGCGGUCCUACAUCAAUGUCGGUUGUUGCCAGACUUACUGGGCCCAUGUCGGCAAGUACGUACGGCGCCAAAUUACAGAAUACGAUCACCACCUACACCACGCAGCUGAAUGAGGCCAGGCAGGCAAGGUCAGCACAGCAGUUUGAAAGGACUUUGCGGCAAGAGCAAGACUCAGCGUAUGAAAGAUCUCUUGCACAGGACCGUGAACGGGCCAGGCAAAGGCGUGAGGACGAAGCCGCCCAGGCAGCUGAGGAACAGCGAGCUAGGGAAGCAGUCGAGGCAGCAGAAAAAUACGCCAACGGCCUUCAACAAUGGAAACUAUGGAGAGUGCAGCGCAUCUCAUCGGAGCCUCCCAAGGAUGCAACAAAUGCUGUCCGGGUUGCAUUUAGAAUGCCAGAGUCAGCAGAGAGAGUGACAAGACGAUUUAGCCCAGAUACCCCUCUGGAAGAGCUCUAUGCCUUUGUUGAAUGUUAUGGAACUCAGGAGCCAGGCAGCGGGGAAAAGGUCGCGGAACCCGUUGAUUUCGAGCACGAAUAUAAAUUCAGGCUUGUCUCGCCUAUGCCGAGGGAAGUGUACGACCUUGAGCAAGGUGGAUCUGUUUUGGACAGGAUUGGCAAAAGUGGUAAUCUGAUUGUCGAGCCUAUUGUUGAUGACGACGACGCCGAGGACGAUGAAUGAUCAUAAAUAUGAUUCAUGCAUGUAAGAUGUGGCUAUGCUGCCUAUGUUGAGGCUUCCAAGCAUCUCAGGAUGCCACAUAGGUUCCCAUGGGGUGGGCACCGGGCCAGAAUUCUUGUACUCCCAAUGGAGAAAUUGUAUGUAGUAAUAGCAACACCAAGAACAUAUAUCAUGGUUGUUACGUGGAUGCGGGGGCUGUGCAAUUCAAAUGCGACUUGGGACACAACCUUAUCCAGAGUAAACUACAACUAGCUUUUUUGUAUGUAAAUGAGCAAUGCGCCACACAUAAAUAAACAUUCUUCUCGG